CGUACGCGCGCUGCGCAGAUGUGUGACUGUGAGUGUGCGUGCGCGUUGUGGCCGGGGCUCUUGAGCAGCACGCGAGUGUGUAACGUUUAACGGCUGUCAUGUCCAAACUUGAGCAGAUUCUGAUCCUCGACCCACCGAACGACCUCCGUUUCAGAGGACCCUUCACAGAUGUGGUGACCACCAACCUGAUGUUGAGUAACCCGUCUGACAGAAGAGUAUGUUUCAAAGUGAAGACGACAGCUCCUCGCCGUUACUGCGUGCGGCCCAACAGCGGUUUCAUCGAUCCCGGCACUACGGUCACCAUCUCAGUAAUGCUGCAGCCGUUCGAUUACGACCCAAAUGAGAAGAGCAAACACAAGUUCAUGGUGCAGACGAUUUUCGUGCCGCCGAGCGUCACAGACCUGGAAGCAUUGUGGAAAGAUGCCAAACCAGACGACCUGAUGGACUCGAAACUGCGCUGUGUGUUUGAAAUGCCUUCAGACAGCGAUAAGAUGAAUGAGCUGGAAUCAUCCAAAGCUGCGACGGUUCUGAACUCGUCUAAGGCCGAUGGCACAUCAGGAGCGCUGGACGACACGGAGAUGAGGAAAGUCCUGGAGGAAUGCAAGAGACUGCAGACAGAAGUGGGCAAACUGCAUGACGAAAACCGCCAACUCAAGGAUGAAGGGUUGAGGAUGAGGAAGGCCAAUCAGUUCGACAGCUCCGUCUCAAAGUCUUCAGCGAUGCUGAGCAAAGAGCCCGCCUCCAAAUCCCUCCCAUCACUGCUGGUCGUCAUCGCCGCCAUCUUCAUCGGGUUCUUCCUAGGGAAGUUUGUCUUGUAAAGGUUUGCCGAUCACGUUUUCCGGUCCUGAAGAGCAAAGCGUGCAUUCUUGUCGAUAACCGUUGCACGAGUGCUGACGUGCACUAAAGCAGCGGAAAUAAACGUGUCUGUGUACGGGAUCAUUCAAACGGGCCUUGCCAUUCACACACGGUUAGCACACACGGUUAGCAGACACAUACACACACACACACACACACACACACACACACACAGAAACGCGAGUCGUUUUGUUCUCCCUAUUUUUCGCUUUCUGUGGUUCCGGGUGGGUUUUUCUGGGGUCGGGAAGAACAAAUUGUCCAUUUGUGAAACAUCACUAACAGCUCAGAGAAGGCACUGUGUGUAGAGUCCUUCAUGGAAAUUGAAACCUAAGAAUGAAUAAAAGGACGCGUUUUCUCUCUCUGUGGUUUUAUUAAGAGUUUAAUGGAAUGUUUUAAGUGUCAUGUACAUGUUGUUUUGAUUCUUUUGAGAAAAAAAUGGGAAAUACAGAUUCAUAAUAAACAAACCAAUGGUCUUUGCUACUUGUUGCUGGAUGGUGACAUUAAACACUGAAUUCCACAUUUAUGUUCUUGAAUGUGACGAUGUCAGUGGGGAAACAGUCUGCCUCCUGUAUCAUAAACCCACUGACACAAACGCCAGUUCAGUCAUUUCAUUCAGUUUUCUUUAUGCAAAUUAUAUAUUAAAUUGUGAGGCAACUUGACUGAAACCAAUCACCAUUUACAGUCCUGUCCCGUGGUAUUCAACAUUGCUGAAAUAAAAAGUCUUUAACACUCUU